AUGGCUACAUUGGAUCGAAUGAUUAUUGAUGAUCGUGAUUUAGCAAAUCGAUAUUUUGGUGAGAAUAAUUUAGAUGAUUUUGAUAAUGAUCAAUAUCUUUUUUCAAAAUCAUCUACAAAUAAUCGACAACAAUUUGAUUUAAAACCUUUAACAGAACAAGAUUCAUCAAAUAAAAUGAAUGAUAAUGCUGGUUUAUUUGGAAGAAGAGUUUAUUUAGAAUCACCUUCACUUGACAAUAAAGACGACGAUAUAUACAGAUAUGUACCAAGUCGUUUAAGUGAUCAUCCAUCAUCCAUUAUUGGUACAACGGUUCCAGCGCCUACGGGUGAAACACUUAUAGAUUCACUUGAUUUUGAAUUAGAUCUGUUUGGUGCAACAAAUACACGACAUAAAAUAUCAUAUCAACCAAAUACACAAUUAUUUCCAGAAUCAAAACCACCAGCUCCAUUGACACAAUUAAUCAAUCCAGUAACACAAUCUCCAAUGACCAAUAUGCGACGAGCUGAUCCUCGACAAGAUCCACUUCUUGGUCCAUUACUUGCUGAACUUGAUGCCAUGUCUACUCAACAACGUCUACCACAAAUACAACCUCCACCACCACCGCCUCCUAUGUAUCGACGAAAUUCAGUACCUUAUGAACCUAAUGUUAAUAGAUUACCUGGUCUAUCACAAACCAAUCAGGCCGAGGACAUUUUAUUAAAUAAGCUUCAUUUUUUAGCUUCAACAACUACAGCUAACCGUACCGUUAAUGAUGCAUUACUUGAAGCUGAACUUUACGAUUCACUCGAUCCUCAAAAUCAACCAAAUCCUUCUAUUCAUCAACGUCAACCGAUACCAUUUUCUGCUCCAAAUUUAAACUCAUCAAAUCAAAUUCAAACUCAACCUCAACCUCAACCUCACCAACAACAACAACAACAACAAAAGCAAUUACCACCUCGUUCAUCAAAUAUGAAUAGUACAGAUAUAUUUAUGACCUCAUCCUAUGAUAAUGGACCAGGAUCAUUUUUAAACAAUUUUGGUCCAGAUGAUCAAUUAUUUCAACAACCAUUAUUCAAUGCUAUUGGACAAAAUUAUGUACCAAAUGCAAGACCACCACCUCCACCUCAACCACAACAACAACCACCCCAUGAACAACGAGAUUCAACUUUUGAUAAUUCAUAUGCACGAUUGUCUCCACCACAUCGUUCAGGAUAUGUUCCACCUCAGCAAUCUACAAAUAAUAAUCAAUACCAACAAAAACCACCACCACUUUCAAAUCGACAAACAGCUUAUACUAAUAAUAAUAAUAAUAAUAAUAACAAUGAUCCAUUCAAUGACUAUCAGGAAAUGUAUGCUCCAUCUCAAUAUCAACGUCCACCACCGACACAAAAACAACAGUAUCAAAGAGCUCCACUACCUCCCCAACAACAACAAAAUUAUGAUGAACAAAUCCCACGUUCAACAUAUCCUUCAAAUAAUCAAGAAAUGUUUUUUACUGAUCAUAAUGAUGAUCAACUUGAUCAACUUUCUUAUCGACAACAACAAGCACCAUCCAUGACAAAUCAACGUAAUGUUGAUCAACAACAAGAACAAGAUUCGAAACGACAAGCUAUUUGGAAUGAAUUACAACGUACAAAUGUUAAAGUUCAAGAAAAAAAUGCAAAAAAACGUGAAUCAGCUAAUCGACGUGAACAAAUAUUAAAAGGUACAUUUGGUUCAAAUAAUGCAUGGAACGGUAAUGGUGGUAGUCAACAAUCUUCUGCUCAAUCAAAACAAGGUGCCAAUUCACCACCACAACGUCGUCCUCCACCUAUACCUGUAUCAAAAACAAAUUAUAUCGAAGAUAAUAUUGAUAUGAUUAAAAAUAAAGAAAAUUUUUAUCAUCGAUAUCCUGCUAAGAAAUAUGAAAAUUUAUAUUCAAAACGAAAAGAUCUUGGUGGUGGAAAAAAUGAACAAAAUCAAAUUCAAGAAUCACAAAAUGAAUUUGAUCAAACACAAUCAUCAACAUUAAUGAAUGAUUCUACAGCUACGCAUUCCAAUACACAACAUCGUUCUAGUUUACCAGUAACAAUUAAUUUAAAUCCAGGCGAUAAAUCACAAACUGGAAAUCUUCCAGCAUCAGUUACCAUACCUCUCGAUAGCCAUGUUAGUCGUGUAGGUGACAAAAUAUCCGUAAAUAUUGAUUUACGCCUUGUUGAUUUACAAAACAUUAAACAACAACAAAAUAAGGAUCAUCCAGAUUGGUCUGGUUUAGAUCCAUUAGAUCGACAUAUACGAAAAUUAGAAAAUAGUAUUGAUCAAUCUUUACCACCAACACAUUCACCAACUGAUCGAAGUCCAACAUUAACAAAUCCACCUGUUAAUCCAUCAAUGGGUCGUUAUGGUAAACACACAACAGGUAUUGGUCAAGGUGGAUAUAGUCCACCUAGUUAUAGUAGUGAUUAUUAUAGUUAUAGUGAUAAAGGACGAGAAGAAGAUUCUUAUUUGGCUAAAAUGAAUUUUGCGAAACAAGGACCACAUUUUAAACCAUAUACAGGUCGUGAUUAUGAACAAUUUAAAAAGAAUAAUGGAUUUGGUACUGGUUAUCUUGGUUUUGAUUUUGAUAAUCCUAAUCAUAAAGAAAAAAGUGAUAAAUUAUUAAAAACAAAAGAAUAUGCACAACAAGUUGAAUAUCGUAAUAAGAAAAAAUUAGCUGAAGCUCCUCGUCGUACAUUAUCAGAUACACGUAUACCAAAUGAAGCAUCAAAAACACAACGAGCACUUGACUAUGCUCGUGUUUCAACUCGUCAUAAACCACCAUCAGGUACAUCAACUCAUUCAACUCCACCUGAUAUGAAUGGAGCUGCUUCUGGUCAUCGUCGACCAACUGAUGUUCCUCAUCGUCCACCACCAACACAAAAACAAUCAACAAGAUUCGCACAAAAUGAUGAUAAUGAACUUGUUGAACGUUUAGCUAUGCGUCAUGAACGUGAUAAAGCUCAAGUACAAGGUAUUUUAAAUCCAUCACAAAAACGACGUGAACAACUUUUUGAUGAUGAUGAUCGUCGUGUUACUGAUAUUGAAAGAUUAGCACAAGAUCGAGCUAAUCAAAAACAUUUAUCACCACCAAGACAAUUACCUCCAUCAGGAUUAACAACAAAUGGUAAUGUUCGAAGACCAUUAAGAUUUGAUAAACCACUUAUAGCAGAUGAAUCAACAUAUCCUUCACAACAACAGCAACAAUAUCGUCCUGUUCAACAACAACCACAACAACCACAACAACAACAAUAUCGUUCUGUUCAACAACAACCACAACAAAAUCAACCAACACAUGUUGAUGAACUAGCUGAUCGACAUCAUGACGAAAAAAUGCUUAUGGAAGCAAUUCGUCAAGAAUUAAGUGAACGUCCAUUAGGUGAUGAUGAAGAAUUAAUUGUAGUUGAACAAUAA